CGACUGCCAAACGGGCAGCUCGAUUGGCUGACCCUUCCACUCUCAACCCGCGACAGGUCGAGUCUCGACAUCCGACAUGCGUGGGAUUGACCUGUUGACGCUUUCUUCGUCUCAAUGAUAUCCAGCCUCGUCAACAAUUCAUCAGAAAGUACACUGAAUUUUCGACACCGUUUCUCCUGUGGCAGCUUCUCGAGACUGCCCCGCGAUCAAUCUGUGCCGCGAGCAAGACUGCGCCUACUGCCUGCGGGAGCUGCAGACCCAGUCGAGUCCAUCACUUGUGAACCCGAGCGACUGUUCUGCUGCCCUCCAAAAAAUGCAGCAUCCAUAAUCCUUUAUCUUUCUAGGCCAGGGGGACGUCGGAGAAUGGUCAUCAGUGAGCAUUUGGUGGUUGUUUCGACCUGUUGCUAUUCGGAGAUCACAAUAUGAACGCCAACAACAAACCGUCCUAUGCCCCUCUGCAGCGCCGCAGGCGGAGAUCUGAUCAGAUUUCACCAUCCUCUCCUUCCUAUCCGAGACGACUUCUUGACCGCCCAAACCGACAUAGCGAGGCGUUCAGCCCGAUCGAUACGCCGUCCGCGACAGAUGAGUCGGAUAGCCCUUCGCUCAGCCUCAACCUCACGCUCACCUCUCCCCUCUACGACCACUCUGCGCCUUUACCACCCAUCCCUCCCUUUACCAAAUCUCCCGUGGUCGAGCCCAAACAUCACCAGCACCAGAGAUCCUCUGAUGAAACCGGCCGCCACAAAUUUGGACCAUCAGACGAAGCUGUCCGUCCUGCGACAAGUGACGCGAUCGACCGUAACAAUGCUGUUCCCAUCCCACAUGCAAGAUCCCCGCUCAUAGGAUCAGACUACGCGUCGAGGCCGUCUCCCGUGCCCCUUUCCAUCCGUCUUGAUAGUAGAGAGAAAAAGGUGCCUGAGCCCCCCAUCAAGCCCGGAGACAAUGCAUCUUCUCCAAGCCUGCGGAACUACAGCUUUUCGACGCAGACCUCCGACAAGUCUGCGCACGAUGAACCGGUUCCAGCGAAAGGACAUACGGGUAAAAAGAGCAGGCUGAAUCUUCUGAAUCCAAUGAGUUUAUUGGCGCGCCGCAGGUCGUCACAAAAUCAGAAACUCGAGGACGUCAAUCUCACACUGUCCGUCCCAGCCUUGCCGGAUAAUUUCGAUCCAAGAAUUCGUGGAAAGGUCGUACACGACUUCUCUGUUCCACGAUCGCGAAGGCUCUACUCCCACAACGACAUUGGCAAUGUAGAAUCUCCCGCCUUGCGCUCGGGAUACGGGCCUGACCCUCUCCGAAGUAACGAUUCACCCAGUUCCCGAUUGGCUCCGAAUGGAACACCAAGUAUUCCACACAGUCCGAUGUUUAAGGAACACUUUCAGGACGACCGGCCAUCGUUGCAGCCCGAUCGGACGGGUUAUUUGCACAACAUUCAUUCAUUCAAUCUGGCCAAUGACGGCCAAGACGAGAGUAGCGUGCCAGCUUUCGCAAGGCGGUUGCCGGCCGCUGUACCGCAAGCAGGGCUGGAUGCCAAACCCGGGUUACUUGAGGAAGAAAACAAACCACCGCCUCCGCCACCAGGAAAAGAGAAUCUACCAUUACCACCAAUAGGACAGCCCUCCCCUCCCCCUCCAACACCUCCGCCGAAGAGCACGCCAUCCCCCAAGUUUGAUAUUCCGCCGCCUGCAGCACUUCCAAAGCACAUGACCAGCACUUCUUCCCGGUUUAGCUUUCAAAUUGGCGGAGGAGGCUCUUCAGCGCAGGAAAAGUUGCUCGAGGAGAAACAUAAACAACAGGAAGCAACCAAAAGGACCACCGCCCAGGGCGUAUAUGAGGAGGAUGAUUAUGCUGACUAUGACUUCGAUGCGGACGACGGUUUGGAGGAGAUGAUUCCCGGGGUCAACGCGGACUUUGGGGAAGAUGAUGGUUUCGGCAACGACAUUCCGAUAGGACACGCGCUUGUGGCACGUUACGGUCCUUCCGAAAUCGAGGAAUCCGUCGCAUCAGAUGUCAAGACCACGACUCUACAACGACACUCGCUGCAAGGAUUCCACUUUACUCCUCAAUCCCUGACAUUCAGUCCCACCAGCACUAACAAUGCGUCGCAACCUACUCCGCGGGACCAUGAAGGCUUUGCUAUUGGCAUUGCCGACUCAAGAGAGCCUUCUCAAGAUGGUGGCCUGGAAUUUCCACGGAAAGAUAGCGUCAUUGACGUUGAAAAAGUUUCAAUGCUCGGAGGGCUUGGCAUUACGACUGCAGAAAUACAUGGCAGGCGCACGCAGCAGACCUCUCGUCCUCACGGAGGAGUUUUCGAUGAUGAAGACCUGUAUUUUGACGACGGCGAAUUUGAUCACGUGGAGUUGGAUCCUUCAGGAACAACCUUUGACGAACAACUAUUUGACGACGACACAGGCAAACUUCGUGACAUUCCCGCCGAAAAUGCUCGAAAAUUCGCGGCAGCCAAACAAGCAGCAGGUCUGGACGGAGAAGUGAAGGUCGCCAACCCGUGGGAGGACGCGGUUUCCAAACUUUCACUGGACAGCAAUGACCGCCAGAACAGCGUCAAACAACCCUCUGGAGAAUUCGUGAGUGCUUUUCCAAAGAGCCAAGGGGCCUUCAUGCAGGGUGGUUCCAUAACUGGACUCACUGAAACGAAUCUUGCUGCGUAUCACGACGCGUUAGCGUUUGCGGCCAACCAAGCUGCUGCAAAUGGCAGAUUCGAUCGAAAGGUCAGCUUCAGUCAGAAUUCAGAUGACACUUCACAGUCGCCGUUUGAGAGCAGUCAACAUGGUGUUGUCUCUGAAGAUAGCCGUAUCAGCUACAAUUUUAGCUCCGCCAUUGCCGAGGACGACGGGUUUCCGUUCGACGAUGACAUGGACGACGAUCCCAUGAUUGCGGAGGCCAACGCUGAGGUCCUCGAGAAUGACGACGAAGGGUUUUAUGGUCAGGAAUUUGGAUUUUAUGCUCGAUCCUACGGUAAAGGCAAUUCAGAGCUUGUUAAUGGCGGCUAUUUUGCAGACCGGGGAUCCAACGGGGUAAAACGAAGCCACAGUGGGAAGGCCAAUUUUCAAGAACCGAGCUUGACACCUAUUACUGAACGCAGUGAAUGGAGUACUCGCAACUCGGUGGUGUCACUAGCGAUACCAGGCGGAGUGCCUGCCUCAGCCCAUUCGAUGCCCAGCCCAGGUAUUGCCGAGCUACUUCAGCAACUUGACUCCCCUGGGUACGAUGACGACAUGAGCUUCAGUGGACUGAUGAAGCUCCGCGGCAGGACCUUUGGAGGUAGUUCGUCGAGCAUCAGCAGCUCAGCAGCAGGGAACCCGGCUAGUUCACCACUCGCACACAUUUCCAACCACCCGUUCCCUCUCUCCGAUCUCAAUGUGAGCCGGAUGUCAUCCUCGAUUCAUGGUCGAUCAUCACCAGCUGGGAUCCCCGAAUCGGAGGAAGAGGAUGAAGAUUCUGAGAGACCUACCCUGACCCAAAACACGCCGCGGAAGAAGAUGAGUGAGCCUGUGGUGGUUACAUCGCAAGAGGAAUUGCCCGCAUCUCCGGCUUCCGCUGGGGGUGAACGACGGAAGGGUCACCACAGCCGAACCAGCAGCGGCGCAGAGAGCGUGAGCUAUGCGCGUGACCUGGACGGCGGGUGGGUUCUGGAGAGGAGAAGAACCGAUGAAGGGAGCGGAACUGAGGUUAUUGACCGGGAGUAUCUAGCCGGAGCUCGGAUCUGAGAGGAUAUGCGCUGUGAAAGGAUUGAUCCGGAAGAGAAGGGUCUACUCAUUGGAUAUAGAUUAUGGCCUUGCAAAAGUACAUUGGAGAUGACGAUAUGAUACCCCAUAGAACUUUGAAAAUAUAUAUAUACUCACGCAUACAAUGCAG